UCUAACCCAGUAACACUUUUACAAGCAAUCCCCCCUCUCUCUCCCUUUCGUCUCUACAUCUCCCUCACUCCCUCCCGCCCUCUCUUGUGUAACCGUGCCCAGUGCUGGAUUACUAAGCUCUGAGGCUGCUGAAGCAAGGGGCUGUGGCAGGCUUCGACCAGAAUGGUGAGGUGGUUCCACCCCAACAUCACCGGAAUCGAGGCAGAGCAGCUCCUGUUGACGCGGGGCGUCCACGGCAGUUUCCUUGCCCGACCAAGCAAGAGCAACCCGGGGGAUUUUACCCUCUCUGUAAGGCGGUACGAUGAGGUGACCCACAUUAAAAUCCAGAACUCAGGCGACUACUACGACCUGUAUGGAGGUGAGAAGUUUGCCACGCUGGCCGAACUGGUGCAGUAUUACACAGAGCAACAGGAUCUCCUACGCGAGAGGAAUGGCCAUGUCAUCGAGCUCAAGUACCCGCUCAACUGCAAGGACCCCACCUCUGAAAGGUGGUACCAUGGGCACCUAUCAGGGCGAGAUGCAGAGAAACUCCUCACAGAGAAAGGCAAAGCUGGCAGCUUCCUGGUACGAGAGAGCCAGAGUAAACCAGGCGACUUUGUGCUCUCCGUUCUCACCAACGAGGAGAAACAUGAAAACGUGGACCGAAAGACAAAGGUCACCCAUGUUAUGAUACGCUACCAGCAGGACGGUAAAUACGAUGUGGGCGGUGGUGAGAGGUUUGACACUCUGGCUGACCUGGUGGAUCAUUAUAAGAAGAACCCCAUGGUGGAAAAAAGUGGAAUUGUAGUGCACCUCAAACAGCCCUUCAACGCCACAAGGAUAAAUGCAGCCAACAUUGAGAACAGGGUACGAGAGCUCAACAAAGUAGCAGACAACUCUGAGAAACCCAAACAAGGAUUCUGGGAAGAAUUUGAGGUACUUCAGCAGCAGGAGUGCAAACUGCUGUAUCCCCGGAAAGAAGGCCAGAAGCCCGAAAACAAGAGUAAAAACAGAUACAAGAAUAUCCUCCCCUUCGACACAACUCGGGUUGAAAUCAGGGAAUCAGAUCCAGAAGUUCUUGGUUCAGACUACAUCAAUGCAAACUACAUCAAAAGUAUGCAUGAAGAAGGACGCCACGUGGAAGAGGGCAAAGUCUUCAUCGCCACUCAAGGGUGCCUACAAAAUACAGUAAUUGAUUUUUGGAAGAUGGUUUAUCAGGAGAAUACACAUGUUAUCGUCAUGACCACGAAGGAAAUGGAGCGAGGACGGAACAAAUGUGUCCGUUACUGGCCAGACUUACACGGCACUAAGGAGUUCGGGAAGGUGCUGGUAAGAAACGUGGAUGAGCGGUCGGCUCAGGACUACAUCCUGAGGAAGCUGGAGGUGACUCGUCUGGACCGGAGGGAGCCUCUGAGGUAUAUCUGGCAUUACCAGUACCUGAGCUGGCCGGACCAUGGGGUUCCCAAUGAACCAGGUGGGGUCCUCUGGUUCCUGGAGGAAGUUAACCGCACUCAGAGCAGCAUUCCAGACACCGGACCGAUCAUCGUCCACUGCAGCGCAGGCAUCGGCCGGACAGGCACCAUCAUCGUCAUCGACAUCCUUAUUGACAUCAUUAACCGCCAAGGUCUAGAUUGUGACAUAGACAUCCCAAAGACCAUCCAGAGAGUGCGGCAGCAGAGGUCAGGCAUGGUGCAGACCGAGGCUCAGUAUAAGUUUAUCUACAUGGCAGUGCAGCAGUACAUAGACACGGCCCAGAAGAGACUGGAGGAGGAGCAGAGGAAUAAGCUGAAGGAAAGAGAAUAUUCCAAUAUCAAAUAUCCUCAGAUGACCAAUUCUAGGUCCAAAUCCAACAUGACAUCCUCGCGCUCUUCUUCCAUGAUGACAAAUGAUGAUUCAUCGAGUGUGUACGAGAACAUAAACUUUAAAAGCCCUCAGUCGUCUUUUAGCAGCAACACCAGGAGGUAAAACUAUCGCUGUGGACCUUCACGUCUGUCUGUCUGCCUCUCUUUUCAGCGGAGGUGUCGCUUCGUCAGCACCUGAGAAUCCUUCGAGGGAGGGCGGAGCGUUGCUCUGACAUCUCCCACGUCUGCAGACCCUGCCGGAGAUAAAGGCUGCGAGCUGACCCCUCUCUUACUGCUGCCGUCCUGUUGGACCUCUCUGUCCGGAGUAAGCCUUACCCUCCGUAGAGAGGAGGACUCUACAGCAUAGUGCUAUCACUCAGGACCCUUUUUUGUCCCUGCUCUUCCUCACCUCCUUCUCUUAACUAGCACAAGUGCCUUGUCACAGGAUGUGUCUGUAAUCCAGCCUCCCAAAAAAACCUGCUGUUACAUCUCUGCUGCUUUCCAAACCCUGGAAACACAAGGUGACGUGAGAAGCUUUUUUCCUCUGUGGGACGAAGAUUAAACGGGAAGACUGUCCCAGCCUGAACUGAGCAGACCUGUACGGGACCCAAGAAAGGUCAAAACUAAGCUGUUUGCCCACAGAGAUCCCUCUGUUUUCUACCCUUCUGUCUCUGUUUUCGCUGGUUGUCAUUUGAACUUGAACCUGAGGCUGUUUUCACUGCGAUCUGUCUCUCCAGCUGUGGAGGUUAUUACUAAGGCUGGUGAUUGACGAAAAGGCGGUUAUGUAACGGGGGCACAGGAAGCACAAAAACUCCUUUUUAUUAUUAUUUUUUAAUAUUAGAUUGUGUUUAAAAGUGCUCCCGCUUUGAGUACUAACUCAUUUUGAUUUUUUCUUCCCAAAUCUGUCUUUUUAAAAAGUCUGUUUGAUAUUAUUUAAUGUGAUGUUUGUUGAUACUCUUGGUAUCAUGGCCGUAUAAUAUGUGAGACUUUUUAAGGUAUAUACACACAAAAUUCUAUAUUUACAGAGUAAUAUUUGGUAAAAGAAAUAACACACUGAAGCCUGACUGAUCGAGCAGCAUCCCCAGCUCUAAUUUUGAUGUACUCACUGAUGGUUAUGGUUUGUUUUAAGUCCACAUUUGACAGAAAAUGGGUAAAGAGGAUUCCUAAAUGGAUGGCUAUAGUGGAAGUUGUUUGACUGGCUGUCCUUAUAAUCAGCAGGACUGAAGCAGUUCAACAUCUGUCAGACGACAUCCUCACAAUAAGACAAGGGAAGGGGUGGGGGGGUGAUUAUUGAGGGCCAGAUGGCCAUCUGCCUGAGAUUGAAGAAUAGAUUUGUCUCCAAAAAGUAAUUUAGAAGAUGGCCGUAAUCCAGGCUUGAUGAUAGCUGGUCGAGUAAGCCGGUGUCAUUGACGUGAUAAGGAAGACAGUGGAGGCGUGGGGCACUGAGCCCUCUGCUCUGUCUGGCAGAUUGUGUGCUAUUUUUAGUUCCCAGGAUAAAAUAUAGAUCCUCAAAUACAAGUGCGGGUACAGUAGUGAUAUUUGACCUCACUUGUGUAAAAUAUGAGGAUAAAAGGAAGGAAAACUCACAGGUUCAGAUAAGAAGAUGUCAUAAUACAGUGUCUUACACAGAUUACUUUCAUGACAUAUGCCUUUAUUAAUAGGACAGCAGAAGAGAAGCUUGGAAUGUGAAAGAGGAAGGAUAGCGUGCACUAUAUGAUCACAGUAAUUGAGUUGAGGUGAAGACAUGUUAGCUGAGGACUUUGCCUUUGCACUUAAGGCACCUGAUCCAAACCAGCACCCCAUUUACUCCCACUUUCACACAUUUUGUCAUGUUUCAGCCAGGGCUGGACUGGUGAUCUGGCAUGCAUGGCAUUUUACCAGUGGGCUGACACACUUUAUCUAUUAUUUUUUAAAUUGCUGUCCUUUUAUUCGGGAUGCACGGACUCUGAUACCAGUAGCAUACUCUGUAUCAUUUAAAGCAUGAUAUUAGUCACACAUUGUGUGAGUAUGUAGUCAAAGUUAGAGCCAUGUCUGCAGUUUGAGGAUAUUUUAAGAUAAAAAGGGGUGACAAAAGUUGAGGAGAGUGAAAAAGAUGCACUGAUAACUUGUCAAGAGGAGGGAUGAAGAACAUCUGAUGAAAAUAAAACAAAUUUUCUACAUAUUUUAAGAACGGUUAUGGUAUUAUUAAGUGCUGUAUUGGUACUUUGUAUCAGUGAGUACCCAAAUAAUACUUUUACUUGGCCUGGAAAAGUGUGGCAUUGCUGCAUCCCUACUUUUUAUGUACCUCUGUUUAGCUAAGGUUAUUAUGCUCCACUAUGUUAACCUUCUCCAAUGAGAGCCAGAGAAAACAAAGGACAAAUUUUAUUUUUCUGUGGCUUUUACUUCUCAGCUUUGUAGAAAAUUAGAGGACUAAUUUGGUACACCUAUCAAAGUGGAAGGAGGAACAGUGUGUACAAUAAGCUGUGUUAUCCAAACCUUCAUCAGAAGGGGCAACUGGACUUGAUUAAGGUUAUUGAAUGGGAAAUAAGUUGUAAAAUCAGGGGUAAAAAGUGGCUCUGCACCCAAAAAUGCCAGGGCCAGAUUGUCUUCCCAGUCCAGCGCUGGUUUCAACUGACAAAUUUGAUCAGGAAUGUGGGAUUAUGUGCACUAGACCACCAAAUAACUUUUCAGAAUUUAAAGUGAGAUAGUUAUUACAUGGUUCCCAGAACUAUUUAUGACAAAAAAAAUAAUUUGCUGUAAACUCCAAAAUCACAGGGAUGCACAGUAUUGAGUUUGCUGAUAUCCUAUAUGCCACAAUUUCCAAACUCAUUUUAGCUGAUACUUACGAUGGUUUAUUAGGACCACUGAAAAAAUUUAAACUACAAAACAGGAUCCAUAAAUUAUUUAAAUAAAACACCAAAUUACUUGAGGAUGUUAAGUUGUCAAUUCACAAACCAAACUAAGAAAGUUUUUUAAUCACAAUUUAUCUCAUGCUUUAUUGUCCCUUUCUGCACACAUUGGCUAAAAAAUAUCAGGGUCUCCUUGCAGCCACGGUGAUGUAAAAUAAGUCCACCACCACUCCUUAAUGUCUCAUUUCACUUAAAAAAAAACUCACAGACGGAUUAGUGGACAAAUCAAAAGUCAUCUGCAACUUGUGUUUACCUUUUUAACUUUCCCUUUUUCUUUUCAAUCCACAACAAGUUCCUUUUUUCUGUGGUUAAAUUCAUGUUAAAACCUUCAAUCUAACUUUUAAAACAGGCUAUGCAACCAGGAAGUCAGGUACCUCUAUUUUAAGACAGUAGAAGAAUGAAAAAUGCGACUAAAACAGUUUUAAAUCCAAUAUAGUGGAAUCUUUUAAUGCAGAGAAAAAGGUGCAGUUAAUAGUGAUUAACUGCAGAAUAUUUGAGAUUAAUCAUGAUUAAAAAUAUUUAAUCUUUUGACAGUCCUAAUAACUGAAAUCACAAAGUAGAAAAUAGCCCACUACAUGGAAGAAAUUCACACCAGAUGAAGCUGUUUGCUUUGCAUUUACUGCUUUUUAGAGACUAAUCAGUGGUACUUCUUAGAAGCUCAGAGCAACAAGGAAAUGUUUUUGAUUUUAGACCAGAAUCACCACAGUAUCAUUGGCAUCCAGAAUAAGAGGAGACAUUAUUGAAAACUGGGACUAUCAGGAGAAAAAAAACACUCACUGUAUUCAGGAGAUGACGCUGAUCAAACCUUUUUUUUUAAGUUUUGUUUCUUGUAAAUGUACAACAUUUUAAUGUCAAAUUAAUGACUUUAGCAAUGUGAAGUUUUUUAGUUAAUAAAGGUUGGUUUUAAUUUGUUUUAAUGUUAUGUCUCCUUUAACUUUUAUCUGCUGAUAAUAAUAUUGCAGCUCUUAUUGUGCAUCCCUAAUGAAAAGGUAACAGCAUAAAGUACCUCUACUUUUCAAACUGCUUUAGUUUGAAAAUAAAUGUAAGGAAAUCUAAAUAGAUGUAUUAGAGGUGCAGGGUAUGAGAUUGUGUAAUACUGAGCAGUAUAAUGCAGGUAAACAAAGCAUGGCUAUGUGAGUUUGUUUACUCUAGCAUUAACAUAAAGCAUAACUGAGCUGGUGUUUGUGCUCCAUCCAUUCCUUUCUGUCUACAAACAGAAAUAUGUAACAAACCAUGUCAAGGACACUCGCCGGCUGUUAUCACCUUGCUUUCUAGCUGGCCAGUAUCUGCAGCUGCAGCGCCGGAUUCUCAAGAAACAUGACUUAGAGGAGUAAAGCACUCAGUCGUUUCACUGGAAUAAUCUGUAAUUAGAUACUUCUGACCUUGGAGUGAUGCUAAAAUAAAAUAAAAUAAGAGUGUAGCCUGAUAUAUGGGAUCCAAAAUCAGACUCUUAAACAGCACAGACUCUUUCUCGUAAGGUCCGCUCAUAACAGAGCUCUGAACUUUUAAGCAAACAUCUUUAAGGGCAUCAGUAAAUUAAAAAUGCUGCCAUAAGACCUUCAUAUACCCCCAAUUUUAGCCACAUUAAACUCACUGUUUUACUAUAGUUUGGAAUUGUAAGCAUAGAUUUGUCAUAAAUUCAUUCAGCUCAGUCAAGUAGCAAUUUUUUUAAAGUUAAAAUGUUGACUCACACAACGAAAUGUAUCUGCCCCAGCUAGUUAAACAGGCAUGUCUCUGUGACAAUAACACAUCAUAAAAGUUUAUCAGCUUGUCUCUAAAUCUUUCACCUGAUGUGUCUGCAGCUGUGAUGUCUGUAACAUCCCUCUGUCACGUGGUGACAGCACUGCAUUAACGCUCAAAGAGUAGCUAAACCCUCAGAUCAUUUUUCAGAUGAAAACUUUUUUACAUGGGGAUUUAGUACUAUCAUUAAUUAAUUAGGGUUGAAAUCUUGACAUUUUAGCACAAACUAUUUAAAUUCUACUUUUUUAUGUUAAAACAUUAAUAGCAGCUUCCCUCUACAAGUUGAAGUUGUCUACUCCAAGUGACUUAUUUGAACAUUUUCUAGUGGCUGAUCUGGUGCUUUGUGAUGUAUGUGGAGCCAUCUGUCAUCACUACUGAGCUCAACAGUUACUGCCUACUUUUUCCCAGACUGUUGACUUCAAUUAUAGCAGCUCACAGUUAAAAUCUGAGCUCCACCAAUCAGAGACGUGGCUGUGACACUUGAGGAUUGUAGGGAAUGUAGUUCUGAAAGUUGAACUUGCUUGUUACCAAUGUAAGUAGUCCCACCAUUUUCCAUAUACAGUAUACAUUAUAGUAUAUCAUCAUUUCAUCAUUUGAAACAUUUUUGUUGGAAAUGCAAUUGUCAAAUUUCUAGUGCCAAUACCAGAUUGGAUGUGGAAGUUAAAGGUUUGAUCAGCCAAUCAGAGUUCUAGGAUUGUGGGUAAUGUAGUGCUGUUGACCUAAGUCAAGAAAAAAAAAGUUUUCACCAGAAUAAGGUGAAUAAUAUCCCAACUUAUGUCUUCUAAAUAAUCAUAUAUUUUCUAAAUAGCUUAAUUACUCGAUUCAAUCUUGUUUUGUUUUUUUUGAAAAACAAGCAAAUUAACUUCAAUAAGCAGAGCUGUGUUGUGUUCAGCCAAUCAGGAGCGAUGCUAUUACACUGUAAGAUUGGGAGUAUUGUGGUACUGUUGGCCAAGAUUGCAAAUAAUCCAUGUUUUUCUUAUAAUGAGGUCAAUAACAUGAGAAAUUUUGUCUUCUAUGUAACCAUGUUUUGACAUGAAAUCUUAAAAUUAAAUCUAAAGAGCAGCAUGGACUGAAUGUGGCUGAUAAGGGACAGCAGGAAGAUUGGAAAGGGCAUGCCUAACCCCCCUCCCUCGCAGACCUUUCCAUGACGAUCUAAAGGCAGUUUUUGAAAUUCUAGGGUAGGUGCACCUUAGUUGAAACUGGGUUUAGUUACUCUUUAGUGAUGUGCACAGCUGUCGUGUAGCAGCAGUGAUGCAUAAUUGUAGGCGUAGUUAACUGCAUGUGGAUCUCCAGCUUAAGGGUUAAUGCAAACAACAGGCUGUACAAGCAGAGUCAUAUUUCUUCAAAAAUCUGUAAUAUGACUAUAUCUGAUGAGUCAACAUGGUCAUUUUGCCUCACACAACAACCUGGCUUCACCACCCUCUGUCAACAAAUGCAGCUGUCCAGACCUAACUGAAUUCCUACAUAUUGUUGCUUUAAAAGGUUGAUUCUCCAUGUGAAUAAGAAGUUUUCUUAAAACAAGCAGCUGUGAUAAGCUGUGUAGCUUAAGGUCUAUGUCUGCACCCCUCGUAAACUUCUUGGGUUAUUUUUGAAAUGUCUGACUCCCUCCUGAUGAUCCUUUUUUGUUUUCAUCCAUCUGAGUGAGUUGAUGUGUUUGCGUUUGAACUUCUCUGGCGCUGUGGAUGGUUUUUGACUUUUAUGAUAUUGUACUUUGCCUCUGUUGGUCAUAUUUUUUAUGAUAUGGUGAGAAACAUCAAUACUUGAAAGUGUGAAACUGCUGAAUCUUUGGCCUCAGGCUGUGUGUGGAUGAUGUCUGUCGACUGUGGAAGUGUUUUUGGUAGUGCACUAGAUUUUCAGCCAUUAGUGUUUAUUUUUCUUUUCUUUAUUUUUGUUGAUGUUUCAUUUUUACUCAAAUGUUUUAAAUUGUGUUUUAAAAUUAACUGUUUGAUCCACUCUUGCAUUUUGUACAUGUCUGAAUUAUUAUUAUUAUUAUUUUAUUAUUAUUAUUGGUGUCAUUUCACCAUGGUUAAGUCACUUAUGGCUCUAUUGUACACAGAGGUAUGCAGUAGCACCACAUUAUUUUCUCUCUGCUUCACCUCUCACAUGUACUUGAACAUGAUGUUGAUGUCUUUUUGUUUAUUUCUGUCCCUCUGUCAGUCCCAGUAUGCCUGAAGUGUGUCGUGGUCUCCUGAGUGUUGUUCCUCUUCUUGCACUGGCUCCGCCCAGAUGCCUUCUUGCUGUACAGGCUACAAAUGCUGAUGUAAUAAGCUGCGAGAAACGGCAUCCAAAUGGUUUUAUUAUCAUAUAGUUUAAUAAAAAUCUAUGAUGGCACUAUGGAAAGUUGCACCUGAA